GGAGGAGGGCCCCAUUGCCAGGCUGAGCUGCAGGGACAGCUGGGCAAGGCCUGACCAAAGCACACAGGAGCUGGCUGCAGGCACCUGGCAGAGAGUGGUUUAGCCUGGCAGUAGGUGAAACAGACAGGGGUGUGGCCCCGGAGACUGGUCAUCAGGGCUGGACCUACCUGGGCCAGUGUCCACCAUCUGGUGGGUGAACUCUGGUUGGGGGUGGAACCUGGGGAGGGUUAAAGGGUCUCUAGUCUGAUCCUGGGGAGCUUGGUCUUGCUACCUUACCACAACUGUGAGCCCCCCAGGUUUGCUGCCAGGGGAGCAUGAGUGAUGAGGAGAGGGAGACAGAAGAGGAUGAGGGAGGGGGUACCUUGGACACAGCACCCAUGCUGCCUCAAAGGCCUCCUGACCGUCACACCUCAGCCCUGAGAAGCCCAGGGUGGUCUGGUCUGGCCAUCCGAGGUCUCAAGACCCUGCUGCUGCCUGGGAGGGCCCUGGCCGUGCUCCUGCUCCACCUGCUGCUGCCUGGAACCGUUUUUCUGCUGUUACUGCUGCCCGCAGCUGGCACUGUCUACCUGGGAUUCCUGUGCCACUCCAGGCACCACCUGGCCCACAGCAGCUCGGUC